AUGAGUAGCGCUGGCCUGACGACCAACGUGCCGGUCGAUGAACCCGACGGCUGCUCCCAUGAACCUCCUCUUGACGCCUGCCGACAAUGCUCCACACCCACUCGCCUGAUCCCAGGGCGCCCAUUCUUUCGACGACGGAUGGAUCGCCAAACAUCGCCGCUGCCUGCCUUUCGAAUACCCCUCACGCUUCUCCAGCUGCUUCUCCUAUGCCUCGCCCUUGCACCGGCUGACGCGGCCCUCGUUCCUUUUGAGAAUUGCCUCCCCGACGCGAUCAUCAGGUCGAAACCCGCGCAGCUACAGUUCGUCCCGCUUUUCGUCACUGCGACCUUUGAGCGGUCGUCAGAGCAGAAGAACUUGACAGUCACUGUGUAUGGCAAUGUGACGGGCCUUGCGAGGCCGGGCAGAUAUCCGCCGCCGACUGACCCUGGGUGGUCCGAUCCCGGCGUUACUGUGGGCAAGAUCGUGGAAUUUGACCAGUCGACCAACGUGUACACGACUCUGUCGUCGCGUAUAGACGUCCUGAGCUUUACGCCUUAUCGCGCCAAUCGACGGCCGUUUUGCGAUGCUCUGGUGCAGGGAGAAUGUCCGCUGGGGCCGGUGUUCAAUGCAAACGCAUCUGAUCUAUCCCAACUACGAGCAUUUUCCUUUUCCCACAACCUCUUCUCAACUUAUGCCUUUGCUUCCGUCGUUCCCACCUUCGAAGUGUAUGCCGGUGAUUCAGAUGGCACCCCCAUUGCUUGCGUAACCGUCGAUGUUCCACCAGACUUGGGACCAACACUAAACGACUCUCUCGCAUACAUUCCACUUGUUAUCUUGAUAUUAGUCGGUGUUGCGACGAUCUCAGCCGCCAUAUACAGCCCAUGGGGUACUACGGAUAUCUUUCGGUGGACCAGCAAUUAUGGACGAGAUGAAGAUCUACUACGCCUCGUCACCCCAGGAUUUGGCGACUGUUUACAGUACAUCCAGUUUAUCAUUCUUACCGGCUCCUUGACCUUGAACUAUCCUGGUUUCUUUCAGCCCGUUGUCAGCAAUGUAGGAUGGUCGACGUUGAUGUUUAACGAAAGCUUGGUCAGUCAUGGCAACGGGACACAGCCGCUACAGGAUGGAGUUUAUACCGUCAACGGCACAUAUGGACUGGAUCGAAUGAGACAAUUCAUUGGCAUGUCGGCGGCAAGAGAUGUAUGGCCAGGCAUGGUGGUUUGGCUGCUCUCAAUUCUCGCCAUCGUAACCCUGCUUACCCAGCUUGCCUUUUCGUUUCAGUGGAUACACCGCAAAGUGGCUCGCGUCCCAGAAGAGGAUCUUCGGGCGAAGAACUUGCCUUUUACGGCCGGAAAUGUUAUUCGGAUCAUUUUUAAUUACUUUUUACUACCCAUCGUGUCUCUGACCAUGUUUCAAUUCAUGGUCGCUGGUUCGUCACCAGUGUACACGGUGGCAUUGGCUGCCAUUCUACUUGUUUUACUAAUUCUAUUCUCGGGCUGGUUAUUGAUUCUGAUCGCGAAGACACGGCCUCGAUCCUAUCUGUUUGACGACCUUCCCACCGUCCUCCUUUACGGCCCUUUGUACAACACCUUUUCAGACAGCGCUGCACCCUUUGCGUGGAUUUCUGUUCUUCUUACCUUUAUCAGAGGCAUCGCAGUCGGGGCGGUUCAGCCGUCUGGCAUCGCCCAGAUUGUGUUGUUGGCAAUUUGCGAGGUCGUUCUCGUCCUGACCAUUAUUGCGUUUCGGCCUUUUGAAUACCCCACGUCGAUGAAUGCUUAUUACACGGUUCUCGCUGUGCUCAAAUGCCUAACGAUUCUUCUUAGUGUCGCUUUUGUUCCAUCUUUGGGGGUUUCGGAUGCCAGUCGUGGCUGGAUUGGCUAUAUCAUCCUUUUAAUACACGGAGUUGUUUUGGUUUUUGGUUUCUUUCUUAAUGCGAUCCAGACAUUGAUUGAGGUUAUCGCAAGAUUGCUUGGAGCUGGUGGCGAAGGGGGCGUUGAAGGAGGGGCUGCGAGAGGAGGACUUUCGAAGGUAUUGGGACUCCGUAUUUUCCCAUUGUUAAAAGGUACUAACAGCUACGUAGGUAUUCGCGCAUUCGGCAUGGGCCAAAGUCGAGGAGACGGGAGCGUGCCGUACACUCCAACCACUCCAGGCGCGAUUAGCGCCUUUUCGGGGCCUGGCCGGCAAUCCGGUGGAAGCGCAUCGCCUCGUGGUGGCCUGGUUAAACUAAAACAUACUGAAACGGCUGAUCAUUUCUAUAGGCCUCCAAGGCAGCGUCGGGCAACUCUUGACGGGUUGUCACCAGCCAGCCGCCGACACAGCUCCUGGGGCGAUUGGAGCAAAAGAGAUUCUGCGAAUACCAACAGUGGCGAAGAAAUUGACGUGGCAGAAGGUCCAUCGAUAUCAGGAAGAGGAACGCCAGCCCCUGCAUACCUUGGGGUUUCGAAAGACGAUCCCGACGCAGAUGAAGAGGCUGGCAACCCGAAAACUGAUUAUGCUGUCCGUGAAGCCGACUUUUACUAUCGGGUUCGAGGACCCGCGCUUUCAAAGGCGCCUGCGCGUAAACUCAAGACGGGCCCAGCAGAUCCUACUGGACCCGUUUCUUCUGCUUCUGGAUGGCUUCGAAAUGUAUUUCGAGGGAAAACCAAAGAAAAAGGAAGAGGAUUUGAGGUUGUGCGCAGCGCACGGGCACCCCCACCCGUUUUGAUGCCUGCUGAAGAACCGGAUGUCUUCUCUGAGCCGUACCGCGAUGACCCUGAGCCUUCCAAAGAUAAAACACGGGGUGCAGAAUCGAAUACGGCUGGAGCGCAGGCUCAUGCCGAAGACUCAGAAAACCGUACCGAGAUUCCAGCGGAACCCCCUUCAUUACCACCAAUAGCCACCACCGAUUCAAUUGAACUUUUAAGUCGCACCAGUACGAGAAAGGGUGCGCCAGAGCUUCGAGGAUUACGAAUCAGACCGCCCACGCUUCCUCGCAAAAGCUCAAAGCGUCAUUCUUCCGCUGACCUGGACGUUGGGCCUGAAGGCACCCGAAGAGACGCUUCUCGCUCGCGCCCUUCGACCGGUCAAGAAUUCCUCGCAGCCGAAACUCCAAGGCCAAAGCAUUUGCAGCUCAGCAAUGUUCAGCAGCCAGGCCGGUUACCGUUUGCAUCCAAAUCAUCAUCAACCCGCAGCGACCAAAUAUCUUCGAAUUCCGCAGGAUCCAGCAUCAACAACCCUCCCGAGGAGGACCCGGCCACACCUCGCCCGGCUCACAGAAGAAUGAGAUCGGGCCCAGAACGGUUCGUCUCGACGAAGCGGACAGAUAGACCUUCGAGUUUAGGAUAUGUCCAACAGUAUCGGGCGAGUGAUCAUAUUCACAAUGCAAACUCGUCGAGUCCUCCAUUUUCCGAGAGCGCGGCCGAGAUCGUCAAAGAUACUUGA